AUGGACUGGCAAUUGACAGUCUCUAUCCUCGUAGACGUAGUUGUCAUAGUGUCUGGUUGCCUUUCCGUCUAUCCUUGCGUCUGUCGGUUGGUGGUCUUGGAUGAGCAGACCCAUUUCCCAUCUGAGGCAGCCUCAUUCGUGCGGAGUUGUCUGUGCUUCUCCGGCUUCGUUUCUUCUGCCUCCAGUCGACUAUUUGUCCAUUUGGUUUCUAGGCAAUUGCUGACCAUUGUCGAUCCAUUUAUGCCCGUCCAGACCCAAAUGGCCGUGGUUUCCGAUCUUUUCUGCCGUAUCCGAGACGAAAGAUCUGUGUCCCAUUCGUCUAGAGCCAAAUCCAUCCAAGUUUGUGUUCCCCGGCCCGAAGCGCUAAUAGACGUCCUCCUGAUCCACCCCACCACGACAAACGGACAUGUGGUUCCACGCGAAAUGUGGCCUAUGCCCCCCAGUCGGCAGGCCCAGCCUCAUUCAAGCCCAUCCGUCGGGCAGUUGUCGGCCGGUCUCGGUUGUCCUACCCACUGGACGACUGAGUCUGUCUGCCAGGCACCAGAUGACGGUACUUUGAGAAUCCCAGUUGUCAUGACUUACAUUCUAGACUGCUCGACGACUUGGCGGCUCCUGUUGAGGCUUCUGCUGAUGCUGUUGGUCAUCAGUCCGGCUGCACGGCAGAGGUUCCGAGUAGAGGCUGAGGAGAUCGACUCGACGGGUGAGUGGUAUUGUGUGCCUAGUUGGAGGAGCAGAGAUGAGUGGGAGGGAAGACGACCAAGUGAGAAUUGGGGUCUCGUAAAGUUGGAGCUGGUACGUGGGAAUCGGUCAAAACUGGCCGAACGUCUGCGAGCCGAGUAG